AUGGAGACCGUCUUCAUAGGGGCAUCAGCUACUGGUAAGCACCAUUGGACCCCGGGCGAGAAACUUCCUGAAGCUGCUGAUGACUCAUCUGAUUCAGGGAAAAAGAGAGAGACGCCAUCAAGUAGUGUUUCAAAGUCCAAGAAGGCAACAAGUGGAGCGUCAGUUAUUGCGGAAAACAUGAACACUCUGACAAAUGUGGUGCGAACGAAGAAUCAGCAGGUUACGGUGAGGCACCUCACAGGCAACGAAUCGCUGUUUACUAUUUCGGAGUGCAUGCAUCACCUGACAGGUAUUACAUCGCUGGUUGGUAUGCCGUUUUUCCACUUCGCCUCGACACUUAUGGAUAACGCCGAUUUGCGGGAGGACUGCAUUGGCGUAAUAGAUGGAACACAUGUAAGUGCAUGGGUUACCGUGCUAGAUGCAGCAACAUAUUUCGGUAGGAAAUACUGUCACACGCAAAAUAUCAUGGCCGCAGUCGAUUUCGACAUGUGUUUCAUAUUCAUUUCGUGCGGAUGGGAAGGAAGUAUGCAUGAUAGUCACAUAUUCAACGAGAUACCAAAUGACAAUGUCCCAUUCCCACAUCCUGACGAAGGGAAAUAUUAUCUUGUCGAUUCUGGUUAUCCAAACCGGACAGGUUACUUAGCACCAUUCAAAGGGCACCGUUACUACCAACAAGAAUUUCGACGUAUUGCACGGAACAGGACGGCAAACACGCCAAGGGAAUUAUUUAACAAAGUGCACUCGUCCUUACGCAGUGUGGUGGAACGCACUUUCGGUAACCCAACAACUGUUCACCCAAUCUGUGACGAGGAAGAGGCUAUGACAAUAGUAAAUGCCAUACCAGAAGUUGAACAUGACGAGGAUGGUUUAAUGGUUGGGGAUGAGGACUCGCAUAUGGCACUGGUGCGCCUUCACAUACGCGACAAAUUAUGUUACAUGCGUAAUAACGGAGUGUUAGGAAAUAUAUAA